UACUCGGUGUUAUGUUGACGACGAUCAGCUCCUAUCAAGAAAGACUGGGCAGCGUCACUGAUGCGGACCAGUGACCUGUUGGCCUGAAUACCCGGUGCCCGUGCAAGAACACACAGUAUUUCCUCGUAGCCGAUAUCAGCUCGAAGCCGCCUCUAGGAGUCAGUGUACUCCGCCGAAAGAAACGUGAAAGUCGUCCUCAAGUUCGGUUAUUGACGACUAACAGUGCACGUGCUGCAGUAGUUUUUUUUGGAUCUUCCGGUGUAUGUGUUGAUUCUCAUAGGAGAGGCAGUUAUGGUGGUUAUUUCUGGAGUGCAGAUUGCAAGCGAGCGAGGGUAUCAAUUUGUGCAAGCAAUCUAAUGGCAUGUUCCUCCUAACAUGGAAGAUAUCUUCAAACCAAUUCGAUGUGUGUUUCUUACGAUAUGCGUGAUGUGCUGCUUCACGCAUAUAAGAACCUGCACGCCUGGAGGUGAUCUCCAAGAAUCCACGCUACAGAGGGACCUGAAGUCAUACAUCGACAAAGUAUUCAGCAUAGACGAUUAUGACAUAAUGCCUGGAGUAAGCAUAGAAAAAGUAUCGAACAACACAGAAAGACUAGACAAAAAUGAAGAUGUGUCAUGUGAAACCAAACGAACAAGACGCUCCUUACAAGACUACCUCGAAGAGAGACUAGACCAAUACACCAAGACGCACGUCCUCUCUGUGAGGAUGCCCCAAACUGCACGUCUAUUUUUUGCACCUCCUGACGCGGGGAAGAGCUCCUUCCUCGCUGGUUUUGGAAUGGGAUUCUUAGCAUUUGCACUCAAGAAGUUGCUACUGCCAGUAUUCAUAGGCGCCCAAUUGCUCAAGUCGGUGAUGAUAGCCAUGUUCCUCCCAUCCAUCAUUGGAGGUCUCGGAAAAUUCCUCGGGAAAGGCCUAUCCACCUUCUCAGGCAUCUCGACGGCUUCCACAGGGUUCAGUCCUCACAACCAACCUGCAGAAGAGUUCGAAUUCAAGGACACUAACCCGUACAACACCAACAGCGAAGAUGGUCUAGAGGACUUCAUGCCUGCUGGAGAAGCUACCAACACUAACGUCAUGAGUAUAAACGUUGUUUCACCAUCUACGGAGGCUGUACCCAGUCCAAACAGCAGGUUUGGUAUGUCCAAUAAACGUAUACACUACGUAGCUCCUCAACCUAACGACCACUACUACAUGAGGAAACCCAGCAAGAAGACUGAUUACAAAGUCUUCCACAAAAUUCCUUCCUCCUCGCUGCUUCUCACCAGUUACGACCCCUUCUACAGCCCUCUUUUGUCUAGGCUUGAUGCUGUUUUUCAACAGUUGGGCUUAGGAAACGAGAAAUCUCCAAAGACAGAAUUGUGUCGAGAACGUUUGGUGUGUAUGAUGUAUGCCAAUCCUGUCAAAUAUGCACCAUACAGUAACCUGGUGUCGGCACAACUUAGUAGGGAGCUGAACGAACUUAGGAAGCCUUCUUCAGACAAUCCCGAAAUCUUGAGGUUCUUCAGGUACAUGAAAGCAGCCAAAGAUGGUCAAGAUGGAGAAGAAUGUUUAGCACAUGGUGGAUGUCCUUCUCUUGUAUCAAAUCAAGCUAGUCCAGCUAUUUUAACAACAUUCAACGAUAUUAAUAAAUUAGUGCAAGCGAGAAAUUUAAAAUGAAGUUUUUGACAGAGUUCUUUAAGAAGAGAUGUUUUGAUUUAUCGAAGGAUUAGUUGAUUAUAUUUUUAGUGGACCAGAGACUAAAUAGACCUUUUCCAGAUAUAAUUUGCUUAUGUGCAAGUAUACUUUUUAUAUGAGUAUAUAAUUGAAUUCACUCAUCCUUCGAAUUGUAGUCAUUCUUCGUCUUAUAUGGAAGUUUCUAUAUUUUAUUAGAAUAAAUACCACCAUAGUCAAUGUAAAUUUUAACACCUAACCAAAAAAACAUACCUUGAUAUGUUUUAGAAGCCAUUUUAGCGAAAUUAUUUCUAAUAAAUAGGGAUCUUGGGUAUGUGGGCAAACCUUUUUGUAAAUACGUUUAUUUCAUUGAAAUUUUUUUCUGUAUCUCUUUUUUUUUUAACUGAUCUUAACAAAAAUUGGGAAAUCUUUCAUUUGGAACGGUGUAUCUAUCUAUUUAUUUAUUUAUUUAUGGACUCUUAUUUAUGAACUAUUUAUUUAUUACAUAUUUAUUUAAUUUAUUUUGAUUUUUCUACUUUUCUUGGUUUCUUAUAUUGGAAACCAAUAACUUUAAGGAAUUAAAUGAUUUCUGAGGAAUUGAAUGAAUUAUAAUUCAUUUAUAUUUAUUGUUCAGGUGAAUAAAAUGAUUGUAUGAC